GGCCCCAACUCGCCUGGUUGCCCUUCAGGAGGAAAAUCACAAGAUCGUCGUUAGGACGUAUGGAGCAUGAUAGUGGGGCCGACGCCCUGAUGUCUCUCUCACAGUCUCCGGGUUUGCACCAAGAUCCGUCGGGAUCGGAGCACCAUCCCGAUAAUCUUCUUCCCGUUACUCCGCUGCCGGACGGCCCGUCGCCGUCAUCUUCACUGGAGGGGUCUCUGGACCUCAACGAAGAAUGUCAACGUCUUAUCGACCAGCUCCAAGACUACAUCCCUGCAGAAGCCAUAGAGCUUUUGUAUGAAGCUGGCUUCGAGUCUCUGCACGCUGUCAGGACUUUGACCGUGAACGACCUGAACGACGCCGAAACCUACACUAAGAAGGUGUUGAAACCCGGUCACAAGAAGCUUAUAAUGCAGUACGUUCAAAGUCGACCGUACGACGAAAAUGGUGACGAUCUGACGAACCGCCACUUAAUGUACACAUUUGAGGGCAGCCCAAUGGGGAAACGCCGAAGAAUGGUAGAAGAAACCUCGCCACAACCCACUUUGUCCCUUCCAGCCCUGCAGUCUUUCCUGGAGCGACACCUGGCGGAAUCUCCGGUCACGCGACAUAUUCGCAAAGACAUCGAUUAUCAGAUCAGCGUUCAGCAGACUCCGGACCGGCGUAGUGUGGAGGGCGUCUGGAAGUGCUUAGUGUGUAAUUCUCGACCAGUAACUAUAUCACUCCGAAAUGGUGGACGCCAACCUCAGCUCUCCAAUGUGGGCACGCAUCUCAAGACGAUCAAGCAUAACGCAGCCGUGAAAGAACGGAAAACCAAGACACAACUACUGGUUGGAUCUUCCGAUCAGAUGGCGGUUGCUCUCGCUGCUAUGCAGAAACAUCUUCAACAGCAACAGCAACAAGAACAAGAACAAGUCAAGUCAGUCUUCCAUAUGGUCCAACCGUCGCGCUUGCAGAACCACAUACAGUCAGGCCCAGAUAGUACGCAUCUCACGUCGGUUUCAAAUGGUCCACUGUUGAUGACGGGACACCAUUCGGCGGUUGCGCAUUCACAAGAUGCACCCAUAGGUGAAAGACAGCAGCAAUAAUUCCAUGUAAAGACUCUGCAGAGGAGCCGCGUCAGACACUGCGUGGGCGGGGUUUUGGUAGAUACUUCAUUUUAUCGUAAUAUAUUUCAUGUACAGAAAGAAGGAUACACCACAGGAUGUCUGUAUUUUACUACGCAUCCAUCCCUGGCAUCCAUUUUAUGUCAACUGUCAUACAGCGAUUUACAUUAAUAGAU